AUGACUCAGAGAGCUCAGCCACUACCGUGGAUGAACCCAGAGAGGUGGGCAGGGAGGAGCAACCGUGUAUACUACUAUGAUUCUGGUUCUGGCCAUUUGGUUGCAUUUGAGUUGGGCAAGCCACUGCAUGGAGAUGAUGCCCCCAAAUCUGAUGUCUUCGGUUUCUCAUGUUACAGCAGCAUGGUGCAACCUAUAUGGAUUGUCCCCACCACCUGCCCCGCCUGGCGCUCUGCCUUCUCAUCUUACCCAUCUAAAUCUACCUUAUACGCGCUCUUUCCACCUCUUCUCCUCGACCCUAAUGUCUCUUUCUGCUCCCCUCGCCCUUUUCCAAAUGUUACCAGAAACACCUCUGUACCCAAAUGCCCAUGUUACGUCAUUGAUCUAGCCAGCCAAGAUACGUUACUUUGCUCUCAUAUUCCUCUGCUUUCUAUCGACUAUAGAAAUAACCGCCUACCAAGUGCUUUGGAUGAGUUUGAUUUUGAUUUUGGUUUUAAGGGUGCUUCAUUUGGCCAUAUGAUCUUCUGCAGCAACAAAACAUGUUUUCUUUUUGAUGUGUUCACUGGUAUUGAUGUUUCAUCUCCACCACUGCCAGUUGAUGAAAACACUAGGUUCUGCUAUGGUAUUGACCUCAUAGCACCCCCACCACUGCCAGGACUGCCACUGCCAGUUGUUGGAAACACUAAGUUCUGCUAUGGUGCUGCCCUCACAGGUCCUCUAGCAUCUCCCAACCCACAUCUUAUUGUCUAUACUAAGUCCUCCAACUUCUUUUGGCCUAUUGGUAGUAACUCUUGGUCAAAAUGCUCUCCUCGCAAUGGGCCACUCACCAAAUUUGUAGUCUUCAAAGACCAGGAGAUACCAGUUUCCUGGGGUGGAAGAAAUAGCAUGACCGAAUGGCAUCCUAGAUUCGCUUGGCUGGUGGUGUGCGGCGACAUGCUUCUUGUGGUUGGCUGCCAAAGCGAUUCCUCAGGAACUGGGCCUUCAUUUGAAGCUUAUCAUCUGGACACUUCGACUGAACCUGCAAAGUGGGUAAAGGUGGAGAGGUUGGAGAAAUGGGCGAUAUUCAUCAGCAAUUACCUUAGAGUUGAGGCUCUAUCGUGCAUGAACCCAGAGAGGUGGGGAGGGAGAAGCAACUGUGUAUACUGCUAUGAUUCUCGUUCUGGCCAUUUGGUUGCAUUUGAGUUGGGCAAGCCACUGCUUGGAGAUGAUGCCACUAGGCUUCGAGCUUUUAUUUAUGUAACUCGCUUACAUGACAACCACAUGGGCAUGGUGCAACCUACAUGGGUUGUUCCCAGUAGUUCUCUUAGUGACGGUCAAUGA